AUGCCGUCAGACAAGCAUGACAGGUCAUCUCACAGGAAGAGUCCUGGCCGCAGCUCCAGCCCUAGGGCUCACCAUCGCAAGACAAGCGACUCGGCCUUGGGUUCGUUGAGUGACCAAGACAGCUUCGCAUCCAAUCCCGAUCGCUCUUUCACACCCCAAGACUACUCGGAGCUGUCCAAGGACCCGUACGCCUUGGCCGAGGCUCUCAAGGCUGCCGAGUAUGAGCUCAGCACGUGGAAGAAGAAGUGCAAGGAGCUCGAGGCCGAGCUGCAAAAUGCCCGGUCCGAAUACCGGGGCCUUGAUGCCACCUACCGCGCCCAGAUCGACAGGAACAGCGUCUUGGAGGACGAGAACAAGAUUCUAAGCGGCGAGAACAUCCGCCUCCGGAACAAGAACGAGGACUUGAGAGAUGAAAUGCGCCGGAUCCGUAACAGCCCACCUCGUGAACGCGAGCUGCCGGCCGAGAUGACCGGCGCUCUGGGGCCGGACUCCAGGCCCUCCUCCUCUUCCAAGGAUGCCAAUGCCUCACGCCACCACCGGGAAAGGGAACGGGAAAGGGAAAGUAAAAAGGAAAAGGAGAAAGAGAAGGAACGCGAAAAGAAGGAGCGUGAAAAGAAGGAACGGGAAAAGAGGGACCGCGAGGAGAAAGAGCGAGAACAAAGACACCGCGAGGAGAAGGAGAGAGAACAGAGGUACCGCGAGGAGAAGGAGAGAGAGCAGAGGUACCGCGAGGAGAAGGAACGAGAACAGCGACACCGAGAAGACAAAGAACGCCUCCGGAGCCGCUUCGACGUGGACGGAAAGGGUCCUGUGAGCAGCCACUCCGCCCAUUCGGACCAUUCCGCUCGCUCAGUCCAAUCGGGUCACUCGGCCCACUCGGGCCGUAGCCGGAGAGGUAGCUACCUGGAGCCAUUCGGGCCUGGCGGCCGUCCGCCCUCGCACUCGCACCCCGCCCCGGCCUCCCAGCCGUCUUCCUCCGGUUCCCACCCCCCGAGCGCCAGCCGCAAGUAUAACACCUAUGCGCCGUCACGGCCCGUCAUGGUCUCCACCUUGGUAACUCCGGCUUACUCCGACAUCCCGCGCACUUCCCAGGUACCACCACCUUACAGCCCGGAUCUUAACGAACCUGUGUUUGCCGACGAUCCGAUUCAAGCCGCGGAUUACUACAGUCAUCCUCUUCCUUCCGAUAAGCCUCACAGAUCACGACGCUGA